AUGACGAGCAACUAUCCAAUCAGUGCAAAGGUGCUGUUCACAUGUUAUCUUGAUUUGGAAGCUCAACCAACUAAAUACUCCAUGCAUGUUGAAACCAGGUCCUCCAGGUCCUCCCAGCUCCAUAUUACUUUUGUCGAGCACUCUACGAUUAUCCACAAUGGAAAAAUUCAAAGUCACCUACUCCACAAAAAAUAUUCCCCUACCAUCACAAAACGACUAUCUACAACGGCUCAUCGAAAAACCGAACAAUUUCUACGUAGAUGAAUGCGCUGGAAAGCUCACUUCUUCCUCAAUCCCAGCACAGCCACCUCUUCCAAAGAUACAUACGGCUUCAAGUCAACCAAGAAUCCACCACCGAUCGAUGAACUAAAGGACUUUGAAACCGACAUGCUUAAGAUGAUACAAUCGACCAAAUUCAAACAAGUCAAUAUCCCUUUCCUCAACAAACUUAAAGACGACACCGAAAAGAUCAAGAAAGAACCGAAACUGCUCAUCGCCGCUGAUAAGACAACGAACUUCUAUAAACUGGAACCAUCAACAUACAACGAUCUACUAGAACAGAACAUCACAAAAUCUUACAAAAAAGCACAACCUAACACCACACGAGCCAUGCACGCAGAAAACAAAAAUAUCGCAACAAAACUGGGCAUAGACGACAGAGUAGACACUACAGCUAACAAAGACGCAUUCAUAACACUUAAAGACCACAAGCCGAACUUCGCUAAUAAACCGGCCUGCCGUCUAAUCAAUCCUACUAAAUCCGAGAUAGGCGAAAUCAGCAAAAAAAUCCUCGACAGAAUCAACAACAAAAUCACGACAGCAUCGAAAUUCAAUCAAUGGAAAAACACUGCCUCCGUGAUCGAGUGGUUCAAAUCCAUCAAAAACAAGCAACACAGUUUUAUUUGCUUUGACAUCGUUGAAUUCUACCCAUCAAUCAGCCAUGACCUCCUUAACAGAGCGCUUGACUUCGCCUCAACAUACGACAAUAUCACCAACGACGAACGAAACAUCAUAAUUCAUGCUAAGAAAUCAAUCCUCAUACACAAGCAGCAACAAUGGCAGAAGAAAGGAGACACAACAUUUGCCGCGUUACAAUGGGCAGCUAUGACGGCGCUGAAACAUGCGAGACUGUACCGAGACGACGGACUAGCCAUUUCUAACGCCACACCGAGAGAAACUGAAAAUAUUAAGAAAGACAUUUGCCGAAUCUUCAACAACAAUGAACUACGCAUCACCAUCGAAGCCAACAAGCAGAUCGUCAACUUCCUAGACCCUACUUACAACCUAAACCAAAAUACCUACCAGCCCUACAUAAAGCCUAACACCACACUGCAGUACGUCCACCGUGAGAGCAACCAUCCACCAAUCACUACCAGCAACAUACCUGCCGGCAUCAACAGACGACUGUCAUCCCUUUCAUCCGAUAAAGCAUCCUUCGACCAAGCUGCCCCUCCAUAUCAAAAAGCACUUGACGAAAGCGGAUACCAGUACACCCUACACUACGAAUCAAUCGCAACCACAAAACGCAAAAACAGAUAA